CCAGGGCCGCCUCCCCCUGCUGCUGGCACAUCAAGCUUCCUCCCUCGCCAACCAGGACGCUGCCGCUUCGACUCUGCCCGCUGCUCAGCUGACGAGGCUGCAAAGUUGCAAUUAAGUGAAGUUGGCUUCCCUGCCCACCUGUGGAAGAAGCUCGACCUCAUUGAUGCGCCAUCGACUUUUUUCCCCUUCGGCCUCGCCAGCGUCCCCUCCCACAGAUGCAGCAUCACCCACUGAAUGUACAUUAGGCUGGUUUUUUCCCCCAGCUUCGGGCUUUGUUUGGGUUUGAUUGUGUUUGGCUCUUCGCUAAGCUGAUUUAUGCAGCAGAAGCCCCAUCGGCUGGAGAGAGACAAAAGCUCUUUUCUUUGUCCCAGAGCGGGCUGCGGAGCCUCUGCUCGCGUCGCCGCCCCGGGCCUUUGGCCGUCAGAGGAGGUGCUUCUCGCGGAGAUCGCGGGACCGGCCGUGCGGAGCUGGGAGGGCCGCGGGGGCCCUGAAAUGACGAGCUGUGCCCAGGCCGCCGUACCUGCAUCGUUUGCUCCGAGCCGCGGGGUCCGCCUGCCGGGCCUGCUGGAAACGUCCUAGCAACACUUGGCACUUCGCGCCCGGGAGCGCGAGCGCGCAUCCGGUUAGCAGCCAGGCGGCGGGCGCGGUGCAGUGCGGGCUGCUUUGCAUUAUGUGCCGCUCGGCCCUGGCUUUUUUUACUGCCACAUUAGUCUGCCUGCAAAACUGCAGGCCAGGUCCUGCCCCAUUCCUCCGGGCGGUCUGGGUGUUUUCAGUUGUUCUUGGACUGGGCCAAAGUGAAGACAAUAGAUGUGCAUCUUCGAAUGCAGUGUCCUGCACCAAGUGCCUUGCGCUGGGUCCGGAAUGUGGAUGGUGUGCUCAAGAGGAUUUCAUUUCAGGUGGAUCAAAGAAUGAACGUUGUGAUAUUGUUUCCAAUUUAAUAAACAAAGGCUGCUCAAUUGAUUUGAUAGAAUACCCAUCUGUGCAUGUAACACCAAGUGAAAAUGAAAUCAAUACCCAGGUGACACCAGGAGAAGUGCUGAUUCAGCUACGUCAAGGAGCUGAAGCUAAUUUUAUGCUGAAAAUUCAUCCUCUGAAGAAAUAUCCUGUGGAUCUUUAUUAUCUGGUUGAUGUCUCAGCAUCAAUGCACAAUAAUAUUGAAAAAUUAAAUUCAGUUGGAAAUGAUUUAUCUAGAAAAAUGGCAUUUUUCUCCCAUGACUUCCGCCUUGGAUUUGGCUCAUAUGUUGAUAAAACAGUUUCACCAUACAUUAGUAUCCAUCCAGAAAGAAUUCAUAAUCAAUGCAGUGACUACAACUUAGACUGUAUGCCUCCCCAUGGGUAUAUCCAUGUGCUGUCUUUGACGGAGAACAUCACUGAGUUUGAAAAAGCAGUUCACAGACAGAAGAUCUCUGGAAAUAUAGAUACACCUGAAGGAGGUUUUGAUGCUAUGCUUCAGGCAGCUGUCUGUGAGAGUCACAUUGGAUGGCGAAAAGAAGCUAAAAGAUUGCUGCUGGUGAUGACAGAUCAGACAUCUCAUCUUGCUCUAGAUAGCAAAUUGGCAGGCAUAGUGGUGCCAAAUGACGGAAACUGCCAUCUGAAAAACAACGUUUACAUCAGAUCAACGAGCAUGGAACAUCCCUCACUAGGCCAACUUUCAGAAAAGUUAAUAGACAACAACAUUAAUGUCAUAUUUGCAGUUCAAGGAAAACAGUUUCACUGGUAUAAGGAUCUUCUACCCCUCUUGCCUGGCACCAUUGCUGGUGAAAUAGAAUCAAAGGCUGCAAACCUCAAUAAUCUGGUUGUAGAAGCCUAUCAGAAACUCAUUUCAGAAGUGAAAGUUCAGGUGGAAAACCAGAUAAAAGGCAUCUAUUUUAACAUUACUGCCAUCUGUCCAGAUGGGAGCAGAAAGCCAGGCACAGACGGAUGCGGAAAUGUGACAAGCAAUGACGAAGUUCUUUUCAAUGUAACAGUUACAAUGGAAAAAUGUGAUGUCAUGGAAGGAAAGAGCUAUGCAAUAAUCAAACCUAUUGGUUUCAAUGAAACCACUAAAAUUCAUAUACAUAGAAACUGCAGCUGUCGGUGUGAUGACAGCAGAGGACCUAAAAGAAAGUGUGUAGAAGAAACUUUUCUAGAUGCCAAGUGCUUCCAGUGUGAUGAGAAUAAAUGUCAUUUUGAUGAAGAUCAAUUUCCUUCUGAAAGUUGCAAGUCACACAAGGAUCAACCUGCUUGCAGCGGUAGAGGAGUUUGUAUUUGUGGGAAAUGUUUAUGUCACAAAAUUAAGCUUGGAAAAGUGUAUGGAAAAUACUGUGAAAAAGAUGACUUUUCUUGUCCAUAUCACCAUGGAAAUCUGUGUGCUGGGCAUGGAGAGUGUGAGGCAGGCAAAUGCCAGUGCUUCAGGGGCUGGGAAGGGGAUCGGUGCCAGUGCCCAUCAGCAUCCGCCCAGCACUGUGUCAGUCCAAAAGGCCAAGUGUGUAGUGGAAGAGGCACAUGUGUAUGUGGCAGGUGUGAGUGCACCGAUCCCAGGAGCAUCGGCCGCUUCUGUGAACAUUGUCCCACAUGUCACACAGCCUGCAAUGAAAACUGGAAUUGUGUGCAAUGCCUUCACCCUCACAAUCUGUCUCAAGCUAUACUUGAUCGGUGUAAAACCUCAUGUACUCUCAAGGAACAGCAUUAUGUGGACCAAACAUCAGAAUGUUUCUCUAGCCCAAGCUACUUGAGGAUAUUUUUCAUCAUCUUCAUAGUUACAUUCUUGAUUGGGUUGCUUAAAGUCCUUAUUAUUAGACAGGUGAUACUACAAUGGAAUAGUAAUAAAAUUAAGUCCUCAGCAGAUUACAGGGUGUCAGCCUCAAAAAAGGACAAGUUGAUUCUGCAAGGCGUUUGCACAAGAGCAGUAACCUACCGACGUGAGAAACCUGAAGAAAUAAAAAUGGACAUUAGCAAAUUAAACACGCAUGAAACUUUCAGGUGCAACUUCUAAAAAGAUAAAAAAGUACUUUAUGGGAAACUGGAUUUUUAAUGAUCGCUCCUAAAAAUUAUUAUUAUAAAAUAAUAAUUUUAUAAGUCACAGGAGGAGAUAAAUUUUCUAGAUCAUGCCAGUUGCUGGUUGUCCACUCGAAUGAAGACUGACAAGCAACCUCAUCAUCAUGUGACUCACACUGCUGCUGAAUUCUUCAGAGGAAAAUGUGUCUUACUACUGUUUGAUACUAGUAUCAUUGUAGCACUUUACUGUAAUAUAUAACUUAUUUAGAUCAGCAUAGAAUGUAGAUCAACUGAAGAGCACUGAUUACACUUUACAGAUACCCGCCAUUUCUACACUUCCCAGAGAGACAAUGCUGUGAGAUAGUUUUGGCAUUGUGUCACUACAAGAGUACAGUAAUCCCUGCACCAAACAUGCAGAUGAAAAAAUAAUACGGCAGUUAUACUAAUGUUGCCAAACACUUUAACAAUUGGCAGUGAAUAGACAAGAACAGAUAGAUGAGUAAAUGAUUAGUGUUUCACUCAUUCAAGAGAUGAACAGAUAAAACCUUAAUCUUGAGGGAUAUUGCUUUUGAAACUAGUUUCAUGCAUGUGUGUUUGUUUUCUUCUUUUACAAGAUGGAUAUUAAUUCUAACAUUCUUUCCUCUUUGCCUUUAUAUUUUAGUUUUCUUUCUUACAGGAUAAGUUUAUAUAAUGUCACAGAUGACUGGAUUAAAUAAGUGCUAAGUUACUACUGCCAUAAAACCUAAUAAUAAUACAAUGUCACUUUAUUAGAAUACUUUUAAAAGCCGAA